GUCGACCGAAAUCUGUUGUGCUUUUCUUCGUGAUAUUCUCAUUGACGGGUGUCCGACCUGUCCGUAUGUGUCGUUUUUUUAACGUCAAUAUAGUACACUAGUAGUAGUAUAAUAAUAUAUAAAUUCUCCUCUUUGUUUUGUACCUACUUUGAGAAAUGUGAUUAUACAUACACUUACGCACACGCUCUUACUAGUAUUAAUUUGUCUUUGCGGUGUCGGUAUUAGUUAUAAUAAGAAAAACCAAAGAAAUUACUCGCAAAUGAUAUCAAAAACUUAUUUAAAGAUGUCACGGAAAUUAUUAUUGUCGCAGUUAAUAAAGUAGAAGAUCCUCAGAUUUAUCAGAUCAGAAUUAAUAUAUCUCAACAUAAUAAUAUUAUUAAUAGGUACAACUUGCUGGUGCAGAACAGACAUAAAGUUUUGUUGUAAAUAUAGCGUUACACAAUAAUAGUAUAUUUACCGAAUGUCAACAUGAAAAGGGAUUCUGCUAAAAAAUUGAUAGAACGUUAUUUCUAUCUGAUCACUGAAGGCUGUGGAAAUGAGCAAUGCAAGAAUGAUUACUGUGCUUCCAGCCAAAAGUCUUCUAAAGUUUCUGCUAAUGAUGCAGCUGCUCUUGCUAUUCGUCUCUUUCGUCUUGAUGCCAGGCUAUGUGACCAGCAUCCUAUCAAAGUAGCACGCACUACUGAUCAUCCGUCUAUAUCCGGCAAUACCUUGCAUGAAGCAACGACUUCGCUUGCUUGCAGCAGUAGCGCCCAUGAUAUCCGCCGUUUAUCUCAAGAUGCAUGUGUUCAAACAAAUUCGUGUACCGUAUACCAAGUAAAUCCUGUACACACGACAGAUCUGUCCAGAUCGUUAUCCGAUACUCAAAUUACUCAAACCACUAUUCCUUGGUCGUCAAUAGACAGCGAGAAUAAUACGUCUCCGUUCAAAAUUGUUAAUGCAGAACCCAGGUCUAAAGAGGCACCGUCUAUCAUCCGAGUCGAAUCAAUGGCGCAGAAAGACGAGAGCACUUCGGUUGAAGUUAAAGAUGAUGAUAUACAAAAUGACACUUCUAAAACUUUAGAAGAACAAACUCCUACUAAGCCAUGCGAACAAAACGGGAUUCAUUCGUCGGUCAAAGAUAUUCUAGACCAUCUAGAUGUAGCUUCAUUGAGCAUGCCCGAUUCAGUUGAUUUAAAAAAUUUCGAUGCUAUGAAAGAACCGUUGAGACAUAUUACAUCUUGUCAAUCUGAUGUAAAAUAUUUUAAUGAGACCAAUAUGAUUGAGUUAGUGAAUCGCUGUAGAAACGCUGAUCCUUUUAAAAACAAUGAUGAAUUAGUAUGUGCUCUUUAUCACAUAUUUUCGUCGCCAGAAGCAUUGGGCAAGAGUUUUAUCAGAAAACGUCAAAAGCGUAACAAGAAUAUACUUAAAUUGUAUAAUCGGGCUGUAAAUGCUUUCCCAAAUAUGACCAAAGAAAAUGUAUGUGAAAUGGAAAUAGAAAAAGAAUUGGAUGAUAAUAGUAGUAAUGAAGAAGAGGAAGAAGAAGGCUGUGAACGACAGUUGGACAUUGAUGGGCUGGCGAACGCUUAUCAAGAAUUAUGCUCUUCUAAAAAUGAUGGAUUUUACAAAGACAUUCUAGUAUUAGCCAUUAGUUCCUUGUGUACAAAAGUAACUGUUGAGUUACAAUUUCUCAAAUCCAAAGCGUACCCGAUCAGUGACAAAUAUUUAGAGGAUGUGGUUCAUUCGCUUAAGGUCAUCUACGAGAUGCCAUUUUUGGACGACUUCUUAUUCGUAGAAAGAAUUGUUCCUAGACUUGUCGCGGCUACUUGUGUUCUUCCUGUCGUUGAACAAGCAAAAAUCGCAAGGUUUUGGUGCGAAGAGUCUUCGGAAAACACUUUAAGACGAAUAUUGCACAGUCUCCAGGAAGUAGUGACAUUUCAAUUGAUAUCGGCUGAAUACGAUGUGACUUUUCAAGAGGAGACUACAGUGGCGUCAACCACAAAAACCAUGAAAAUUUUAUACUAUGCAAGUAUAAUGGCUGGUGAAUGCGAUAAGAUAACUGAUAAAACAGAAAUUAAACCAAGUGAAAAAGUAGAAAAAAAAUCAGAAGAUGUCAGAGAUGAAAACCUACUCGAAGAUAUUUUGGUCAAUGUACAAACAAAGAGUAAAACAAAUAAAAAUGAUCCUCUUGCUGAAAUUUUGAACAUAAAUAUAUUAUCGUGUCGUGCACCUCUUAUACCAAUAUCAAAAUUUUACAAUGAGUUAUUGAGUGACGCCCUCGAGAUGGAUGACGACUAUCAGACAUGGAGAGAAAACGGCAACGAGAAGUUUUCAUUUAUGACUCACUCAUUUAUUCUCACCCCGGCUACCAAAACUUUAGGAUUGUAUUACGAUAAUAGAAUACGCAUGUAUGAAAACAGGCGUUUUUGUCUUAUCCAAACGCUUAUAGGACAACCUACACACCCUUACUUAAAACUAAAAGUCAGAAGAGAGCAUGUAGUCCAAGAUGCUUUAGUCGAACUCGAAAUGGUCGCCAUGCAAAAUCCGUCAGAUCUCAAAAAACAAUUGGCGGUCGAAUUUGAUGGUGAACAAGGUGUCGAUGAAGGCGGCGUGUCCAAAGAAUUUUUUCAUUUAAUUGUUGAAGAAAUAUUCAAUCCAGACUAUGGUAUGUUUGUAAUAAUGAAUUCUGACUCUGGUAAUCCAACUUACUGGUUCAAUUCGUUUUCCUUUGAAACUGCUGCCCAAUAUACACUGAUUGGACUUAUCGUUGGCCUUGCCAUAUACAAUAACGUCAUAUUAAAUAUAAAUUUCCCAAUGGUUGUUUACCGUAAGCUAUUGGGAAAACGUUGUACGUUCAAUGAUUUACAAGACUGGAACCAGGAGUUAUACAACGGCCUCAAAAAUUUAUUGGAUUAUGAAGAUGACGAUAUAGAGGAAAUGUUCAUGCAGACAUUUAGAAUAUGUUACAAGGAUGCAUUUGGCGAAUUAGUUUACCACGAUCUCAUAGACAAUGGAGAUCAAAUUACCGUUAAUCAUAAUAAUAAAAGAGAAUUUGUGGAUAAAUACGCUGACUUUUUACUCAAUGAAUCAAUCGGAGUUCAAUUCAAUGCGUUCUAUCGCGGUUUCCAAAAUGUUAUGGAAGAAUCUCCGUUACAACAUUUAUUCUGGCCUGAAGAACUUGAACAAAUUGUUUGCGGCAGUAAGAUCUUUGACAUGUCCGACUUGGAAGAAACCACGCUGUACGAAGGAGGGUAUCGUAAGAAUACACCGGUAAUCAGAUGGUUUUGGAAUUUUGCACACGCGUUGCCUCGUACCUCACAACAAAAAUUAUUGCAGUUUACCACUGGCAGCGAUAGAGUUCCGGUUGGUGGGCUCGGUAAACUUAAAUUAACUAUCACCAGAAACGGUUCAGACUCUGACAGACUUCCUACUGCUCAUACGUGUUUCAACGUACUUUUGUUACCAGAGUAUAGCAGUCAAGAAAAACUAGACGAGAGACUGUCGAAAGCUAUUAAUUACGCUGAAGGUUUUGGCAUGAUAUGAGUAAACCAAUAAAAAAAAACCUUGUCAGGAAAACUCCACAUUUUGUUCAUGAGUAAAAAAUAAGCAAAUAGUAAAAGAAAAACAUUUGUUUUAUAUUCCUGAUCGUGUCUACUAUUGUAAUUAUUAUUUUAUUAUAUAAAUAUGUUGGAUUAUUAAAUUUAUGUUAAAUUAAAUAUGUAAUGUGAUGUUUUUAAAGUUGAUUAUAGUAAUUUAGAUGAACAA